GCUGUAAGUCUAACCAAGAAAAUGAAUCGAAUUUCAUAACUUAAGUGAUCUAUUUUUAGAAAAUUUUCAGUUUCUUCUGUUAAUUGGAGGAGUGCAAAUGUCUCAAAAGAUUUCUUGAGGAGGUUCGAAUCCUUAUAUUCCUUAUUUAAUAUUGUAAAAAGAGUAUUGUUCGUGUUUUAAAGUGUUUGAGUGAAAAUUAGUUCAAAAUGCCAGUUUUUCAUACAAAAACCAUCGAAUCUAUUCUGGAGCCAGUUGCACAACAGGUUUCAAAAUUGGUUAUCCUACAUGAGGAAGCCGAAGAUGGAAUUCCUAUGCCCGAUUUGGAACAGCCAGUUCGUAGCGUCAGCAAUGCUGUGUUCAACUUGGUCAAAGUAGGCAGGGACACCAUCAACAGCUCAGAUGAUCCGAUUUUGCGUCAGGACAUGCCAGGAGCCUUGGUUAAAGUGGAGAGAUCGUCAAAAUUGCUGGAAGAAGCCAGUGCCAGGCUAAAAGACGAUCCAUAUUCCGCUCCAGCCAGGAAACUUCUCAUAGAUGGCAGUGGUGGCAUUUUGAAGGCUACGUCUGACUUAUUGCUGUGCUUCGACCAAUCAGAAGUGCGCAAGAUUAUAAGGGAAUGUCACAGGGUGCUUGAUUAUUUAGCUGUGGCUGAAGUGAUCGAAACCUUGGAUGAAUUGGUACAGUUUUUACGGGACCUCAGCCCUUGUUUAAGCCGAGUGUCACGAGAAGUUAGCGCAAGAGAAAAAGAACUAACACAUCAGGUUCAUUCUGAAAUUUUAGUACGAUGUUUGGAACAAGUAAAAACAUUGGCGCCUAUUCUGAUUUGUUCUAUGAAAAUUUACAUUCAUAUCGUAUCCCAGGGAGGAAAAGGCGCAGAAGAAGCUGCAGAAAAUCGAAAUUAUCUAGCAAAAAGGAUGACAGAUGAAAUAAAUGAAAUUAUCAGGGUCCUACAGUUAACCAGUUACGAUGAGGAGCAAAGUGAACUGGACAAUCUAACAGUGCUGAAGAAACUGCAGAAUGCCAUUCAAAAUAAAUUAAACGCUGCUAACGAUUGGUUACUAGAUCCCACAGCUGUCAGGGGAGGCGUAGGUGAAAAAUCACUUCGCCAAAUAAUUGAAGAUGCGCAAAAAGUUGCAGAAAGAUGUUUACCGCAAGAUCGUCAUAAUAUCAACAAAAUUUGUUCUGACUUGACCACUAUGACCGAUGCUUUGUGUGAACUUCGUCAAGAUGGAAAAGGUGCAACUCCUCAGGCUGAAUCACUAGCUAGAGGUAUUAGAGAAAAAUUGGGAGAACUUCAGCAUGCAGUGAAUAAUGCCAUUAUCAAUGUGGAUAAGGCUGGUUUGCAACAGACAGCUCAUACUAUACAGGGAAGGUUGGAGCAAGCUAGAAAAUGGCUGUCUAAUCCCGGUCAAGAUGACAAAGGUUUAGGACAAAGGGCUAUAAAUGCCAUUCUUGAAGAAGGGCGCAAGGUCGCGGAGGGUCUUCCAGGUGUGCAAAAAGCUGAAAUUCUUCAACUUUGUGAUGAAGUCGAUGGACUUUCCCGACAGUUGGCGGAUUUGUGUGCCCAAGGAAAAGGAAACACUCCCCAGGCUCAGGAAAUUGCCAGAAAAUUAUCUCAGAAACUUCAUGAACUAAAAGAAAAAAUUAGUCAGGCUGUUACAAACAGGGUUGUGGAAGAUUUUAUAGACAUCGUCACUCCCCUCAAACAAUUUACUGAAGCCGUUUUAGCACCAGAGGGCACGCCGGGAAGAGACCAAAAUUUCUCAGACAAGGCUGCAAAUCUUCAAAAUUUUAGCAACAGAGCUGUCAAAACAGCCCGAAUGGUAGCUGCAGGUGGAAGUGGAGGCAAUAAGAAACUAGCUGAAGCACUAUCUAGCGUGGCACAACAAGUUGAAAGUUUGACACCUCAGUUAAUAUCGGCUGGUUCGAUUCGUAUGAAUUAUCCCACUUCUAAAGCUGCCGAUGAACAUUUUGAAAAUUUGAGACAACAAUAUGCUGAUACAGUCACAAAAAUGAGAAAUCUCUGCGACGAAGCAACUGACAGUGCUGACUUUAUCAAAGCCUCAGAGGAACAAAUGAAGAAACACACGUUCUUGUGCGAGGAAGCGAUUAAAAAUAGGCAACCACAAAAAAUGGUGGAUAACACGUCAGCCAUUGCCCGUCUAGCAAAUAGGGUCCUUUUGGUUGCUAAACAAGAAAGCGACAAUUCUGAAGAUCCAACGUUUAUUGAUGCAGUUAAUAGGGCAUCUGAUGCCUUGCAAAACAGUGUCCCUCCAAUGGUACAAGAUGCUAAAGCUGUUGCAGUGAAUCCCGCUGAUCACAAUGCUGUCUCAAGAUGGCGUGAGUCUAAUAAAGCCCUACUGAACGCAGUGGGUCAAGUUAGAGGUGCUGUGCAAGUCAAUCCUGAAUUGCCUCCCUUGCCUGACAUCAAUACCCUGAAUUUAGAACCCCCAAGAAAGCAAUACUUUGUAGAGAAAGUUGGCGCACCGCUAAGAGACACACCAACACCAGGCUCUGAAUUUUUUGGUGGUCAGUAUAGUCCACAGCAUUAUGGGCGUCCUGUCAGUCCGUUACCUAAAUGGGCUAGAGGGGAUAAUUCUGAUCUCCUUUGCGAUGAACUGGUUUCUUCUAGUAAUUUUUAUUCAGAACAAGCGCCACCUAGGCCUCCCUUACCACACGAAGGGGCCCCAAUGAGACCACCUCCACCAGAGACUGAUGAUGAGGAUGAAGUAUUCAGAAACACCCCAAGUGCUAGUCAACCUAUUAUGGUUGCUGCACACAAUUUACAUAGAGAAGUACGUCAAUGGUCUGCCAAAGACAACGAACUGAUUGCUGCAGCCCAAAGAAUGGCCAAAUUGAUGGCGAGACUUUCAGAACUUGUGCAUAACGACGAUAAAGGCUCUAAACGUGAACUCAUUGCCACCGCUAAGGCUAUUGCUGAUGCCAGCGCUGACGUCACGAGGAUAGCUAAGCAACUAGCUAAAGAAUGUACUGACAAAAGAAUCAGAACGAAUUUACUACAGGUUUGCGAAAGAAUACCCACGAUUGCCACUCAGCUGAAGAUCUUGAGUACUGUUAAAGCUACCAUGCUGGGUUCACAAGGAUCUGAGGAAGACAGAGAAGCUACCGAAAUGUUGGAAGGCAACGCCCAAAACUUGAUGCAGAGCGUCAAAGAAACAGUACGAGCUGCGGAGAGCGCAAGCGUCAAGAUUCACGCCCAGACCCACGGUAGACUAAGAUGGGUCCGUAGGCAACCCUGGUACGCCUACGCUUAAAAUCUACAUAAUUUUCAAACUAAAAGGGUUAAAAUUAUCCGGAUUAUGAUAUA